UGGUAAUCUGGACUGCGGUUACAUGUAGUAAAUAUUGUUUUGUUUAUUAACUAUCUUAAGGACACAACAAGAAUUAAUUAGUUCCUAAUGUAAGUAAUCUGGUAGAUAUUACUUCUACAUCUAAUACUGACUAUCAUUCAUGUAACUUGGAGAUUACAGCAUCAUAUUAAGGUUGAUAAAAAUGUAUGACGCUUCAAAAACACUUGAAGAAACUUCGGAGCCUUUGUCUGCAGACUGGCAACAAGGAAAGGGUAUAGGGGCCUGUAUGUUAGAAAUGUAUGACAGGUGCCUCUGGACUGAUGUCAUGUUUCACUGUAAGGAUAGCGAGGAAAGGGAAGUUAUUAAAGCGCACAAAAUUGUACUAGCGGCUAGAAGUCCCGUGUUUCAGGCGAUGUUCUUUGGUCCUUGCGCUGACGGGAAAGAUGAAGUGAAUCUAAAAGAUGUGGAACAGGAUAUUUUCCUUUUGGUAUUGAGGUACAUUUACAGUGACACGGUGACACUGACUGGGGAAAAUGCUCCUGCAGUCUUACGACAGGCUCACUGCUAUCAAGUUUCAAGCUUGGUGCAAUACUGCGCUGAUUAUUUGGCCACCGUUAUUACCCCAGAUAACGCUUGUGAAUUUCUAACGAUCGCAAUUCAGUACCAGAUUUCUAGUCUGAAAGAUACAUGCUGCUCCUUCAUCGAUGAUCAUGCACAACAAGUCCUCAAAUCCGAAGGUUUCCUGAAUUUAUCUGAAGAAUGUCUAUUGUUUAUCUUAAAAGGGGAUACAUUCUAUGCUAGAGAAGAAGAAAUUUUAGAAACGGCAGAAAAAUGGUCUAAAAGGAGGGUGUUAGAAAGUGGAAUGGCUCAAAACGGUACAAACGUUCGCAAAUUUCUCGGCAAAUCGUUUUAUCAAUUGAGACUGCCAACAAUGACAAAUAAAUCUUUACUCAAUUGUACAAGUAGAAAAGGUUAUUUUACAAUGGAAGAAUAUGCAGAUAUUUCAGGAUGGAUCUACAAAGUCCCCGAUAUAAAAGUGUCCACCAAUUCCUGUGUAGCGAGGGUGCCUAAAGCAGAAACAAUACGGGUAAACGCAGAAGACGGUGACGAAGUGAUAAGGGACUGUAUUUCCUAUCAGGUUGCGAUAUCUGUGUCAAAGGAUGUAGCACUGGAAAAUAUCACCCUCAGUGAAAUAGAACCACAUCUGAUGUACGAAAAAAUGUAUACUGAUGAAAGUCGUUAUUUUGUUGGAAGGGUUUCCACAGAGGAUAAGUUAUCGGCCAUUUUAUGUUAUAGGCCUAAAGGGAAUGAAGAUAUAGUUAUAAACCUUAACCCUAUGGGCAGCAGCAAGGGGUUGGAAAAUUACAAUGCUUAUAUUUUAUACCCACUGCAAGAAGUUCUUCCUAGAAAUCUUGGCCUUGAAUUAUCUGGCAAUAUCAGCAUCGAAUGUUUAAAAUUUAAACAAAGCUUUAAGAUACAGCAACAACAACGCGAUACCGGAACAGUGACCUUAACUACACCACUGGUACUGAAAAAGAAAAAUGUUCCAUAUAUCUUAUCAUUUGAUAUUGGGUAUAAUGUAUAUAGACUGAAAAUGAAAACUAGACCUCAUAAUAGUACAGAACCCAUCUCGAACAGGGAUAGUACGAUAAAAAUCCGCAGCAGAUGCUAUAGUGGAGGAUCCUUUUUAGGAAUCAAAAGUAUGGGAUUCCUGAAUUUUUCAAAUCGUGAUAAAGAUCCGGAUCCAGAAACAAGCGAGAACAAAAGGACCAUGAUGGUCCUGAAUCGCUCACCUCUUCCAACAUGACCCAGUUUUGAGUAUGACGUCGUUUUUUCUAUUAUUUGACAUAGUGACCUAGUUUUUGAGCUCAUGUGACCCAGUUUUGAACUUGACCCAGAUAUUAUCAAGAUAAAAAUUCUGACCAAUUUUCAUGAAAAUCCGUUGAAAAAUAUGGUCUCUAGAGAGGUCACAAGGUUUUUCUAUUAUUUGACCUAUUGACCUAGUUUUCGAAGGUACGUGAUCCUGUUUUGAACUUUAUCUAGAUAUCAUCAAGGUGAACAUUCUCACUAAUUUUCAUGAAGAUCUCUUGAAAAAUAUGGCCUCUAGAGAGGUCACAAGGUUUUUCUAUUUAUAUACCUACUGGCCUAGUUUUUGACCACACGUGACCCAGUUUCGAAACUGACCUAGAUAUCAUCAAGGUGAACAUUCAGAUCAAUUUUCAUGAAGAUCUUUUGAAAAAUAUGGCCUCUAGAGAGGUCAAAAGAUUUUAAUAAUUUUAGACCUACUGACAUAGUUUUUGACCGCAGUUGACCCAGUUUCAAACAUGAACUAGAUAUCAUCAAGAUGAACAUUCAGACCAACUUUCAUACAGAUCCCAUUAAAAGUAUGGCCUCUAGAGAGGUCACAAGGUUUUUAUUAUUAUUUGCCCUACUGGCGUAGUUUUUUAAGGCACGUGAGCCAGUUUCAAACUUGACCUAGAUAUCAUCAAGGUGAACAUUCUGACCAAUUUUUAUGGAGAUCCAUUCACAAGUAUGGCCUCUAGAGAGGUCACAAAGUUUUUCUAUUUUUAGACCUACUGACCUAGUUUUUGACCGCACAUGACCCUGUUCCGAACUUGACCUAGAUAUCAUCAAGAUGAACAUUCUGACCAACUUUCAUACAGAUCCCAUGAAAAAUAUGGCCUUUAGAGAGGUCAGAAGGUUUUUCUAUUAUUUGACCUACUGACCUAGUUUUUGAUGACACGUGACCCACUUUCAAACUUG